GAAAAAAAGAGCGCGACCCCAGUUCGGAUUUCGCGCCCAUAGCUUCAAGCUCGUAAUUGUUCACUAUGCGCCGCUACUCUCGCGAUAUCACGCUCGGCAGCUCUAGCCACCGCCUCGGCGCGGCAGCAGACGCGGGUUUCGACGGCACUCCGGCCAAUGAGCGUCGAUUCAAAACGAAACGCAGCUCUCGGCGACGCAUGCGGAUCUCCAAGGAGUGCGUCGCGCCCUUCAACUGUCUCGAGCUUUUCUGUUGUACUCACGCUAAGAUAUACUUUUCUAGGUCCAUGAACCGCCUGGUGAUGGACUAUCUCGUAGGCAAAGGCUACCGAGAAGUGGCCGAGGCCUUCUGGCGCGACUCGGGCACUAAACCCCACGUGGACUUGCAGUCGGUGCAGGAGCGUAUGCGCAUUCAGCAACUGUUGCUGAAGGGUCAGAUCCAGAAGGCACGCGGCAAACUGGCCAGUAUGGACCCCGAAUUCCUCGAGAAGAACAGCGGCAUGGAUUUCUUGCUGGCCAAACAGGAGCUCAUCGAGCUGAUCAAGGCCCACAACAUUGAAGAGGCUUUGCAAUUUGCCAUCAAGAAUCUGGCUCCGUUCGGCCAGAAGAGUGUGAGUGGAGGGCAAUGGAGAUGUUAGGGUGAAGUAUACGCAACUGACGCAGCGGGAAUGUUGAUGUAGCCCCAAUUCCUCCACGAAAUUGAACGGACGAUGUCCGUUAUCGCGUUCAAAAACCCGUCGGAGUCGCCACUUGGCCAUCUACUGGAGCAGGCUCAACGUCGCCGUGUGGCGGACGAGGUGAACUCGGCAAUCUUGCGCAGCCAAAAGCAAGAGCUCGGUAGGUUUUCGGAUACGGUGCAUUGCUGGAUGAAGUAUCUGGCGCACUCACGUGAUUGUGAUUGGCUUAAUAUCAUCGCAGAGCCUCUGCUGCCUUCGAUGGUCCAGCAAUUCCACUACAUGGAGGACCAACUGGAAGCCAAGCUCAAUCGCCGCUCGCACGGUAUUCGGAUUGAAGACUCGGCACACUAAGUCGGUAUUUCGUUCCAGGUUUGCCUGAGGGCUACUUUCGUACGGCUCCUGCACCCGCUGUGUGCAUUGCUCUAUUAUCGUCCGUUUCCAGUAUUUUUUGCAUUUGUUGCAUGUAAACUCGUCACAUGCUGAGCUUUGGCGAAGCCGCGCAGAAAUUCUCUAACAACAAAUAAUUUAUAAUUGCUCUGCAUCCUCAUCA